AUGCCACAGCAAUUAGUUAGAACAAAAGAACAGAAAAUAGAUAAAACUCAUCAUAAAUCUUGUCAAUCCGAGGAAUCAUUCAAUGAAUCAAUUAUACGAAAUUUUUCUGAUAACCUAGGUAAACAACGUGAAAAAAAUUCGGUUAUUGAAAAACUUCCGCGUAUACCCGAUAAGGAUGGAAGUGAUCAAUCGAUUUGGCGAAAUACCUUUUCGGAAAUUCUUAAUCUUUAUAAAAUAUUUUUAACUGAACAAGUAUUGAAAGCAGAAGAUAAAGAUCAAUAUUUACCUUCUAAAUUUCUACAAUUUAAAAAUAGGUGGUAUCUAUCUAACAUUAUAGAAUCAUUAUUUAUUGACAGAAUGAUUGCGGAUAUAUUUCUUAAAAUUUCAAAAACACAGAGAAUACAUGAUAAUAUAGUACGAACACUCAUGAAUAGUGUAGAUUCUCUGGAAAAUAUGGAAAAAAAAAUUUUUGGCGAUUCAGAAAAUAAAGACAAACUUAUAGAAGCAAUCCGAAACAGAAAUAGAUCAGCAGAUAAUAGAAAGUUCUUUAAAUUUUUUCAAGAUGAUCCUUUGACGACGUAUAAGUUUCAUCCAAGUCUUGUCUCAGAUAUGGCAAACAGAAUCUAUAAUAAUUCCUUUACAAAUCCGGAAAAACUGAAGGAAAUUAUUUCCUUAGAAGUUAGUGAAGUUAGAUGUGCAGCAAUUGAAGCUCUCUAUUGUUCUGUCACGAAAAGUGAAGCAACGUUAAGUGAACACCAAUUGAAACAAAUUGAACUAUUCCAGAAUGAAAAUGAUGAGAAAUUCAAAAAAUUUGUCAUAAAAAUAAUGGCAACAUUUGCAGAUAGUAAUAAGAUCGACUGUAAUAAAUUAUUUAAAUUAUGCCUAGAAAAUCUUGAGAAUAAUGUCAAUGUAGAAGAGUCAGCAAUUUUCAUUCAUCAACAAUGUAAGGACGAUAAAAAAUGUAAAAUAUUAUUCAAUGAAUAUGUUAUUUCAAGGAUAAGUUCUUUAUUGAAUAACAAUAGUUUAAAUGACGAGUCAAAGCUAUAUUGUUGUAUGACGAUUAAUAAAUAUCUUGAACGUUCUUGUACUAAAGGUUUGAAUGAGAUUCAAUUAAAAAAUUGUAUUUAUCUAAUUAACGAUCAAAAUGAUAACGUUGAAUUAAAAAAAGAAGCUUUAAAUUCGAUUUUAUUGACUGUUUCGAAGGAUCAAAACAUUCCUGAAUUUAUUAUAGGAAAUUUAAUAGAAAAUAUCGACAAAUUCAAUGAAAUAUUAGUUUAUUUUGCUGCUGCAACUUUAGAAGUUAUUUCUAGAAGACAGUUAAUAUCAAAAAUUAACCAAUUGUCUUUCAAAUUAUUAGAUGAUCGUAUUCCAAAUGAAGAAAGUAAUAUUUUAUUCUGUAGAAACUUAUUAAAUAAUUCUGAUUGUCCAUCUAUUUCAUCAAUAGUUGCUAAAAUCUUUGUUAAUACUUUAAAAAAUAAUAAUCUUAAACUUUCUAAACAAACUCUCGAACAUCUUAUUCGAGCACUGAGCAGUAGUGAUAAACAAACACAAAUUUUUUCAGCAAAAUCUUUAUAUCUAGCUCGAGAUAAGCACGAUAUUCAUAACGACCACUUAAUUGAAUUAAAAGAUUAUGUAGAUGAUGAAGUGCCUGAUGUUUCAGUUUAUUCAACAGUUGUUUAUGCACAAAGUCUUGCAAAAUUAUCAUCAUCAACUGAAGAGCCUAUUAUGAAAUGCCAUCUUGAACUUUUACCAAAAAUUUAUGCAUUUGGAGACUUGCAAUUAGAUGAAGAAAAUUUUACCGAUAUAGUUCAUGAAAAUAUUAUAUCUGUUUUGUUUAAUCAGUGUAAAAAGACCAUAUUCGAGGAUAAUAUAUUUAGUAUUUUCGAUCAUAUUUUAAUGUCAGAAGGUUCCAAUCGAGCUAAAGUAAUUCAAAUCAUUGAUAAUUAUACAGGCUUGCUAUAUCCUAUACCAGAAAAGACAAUAUCCGUACUAGAUAGUGUCAUAGAACCAACUGAAACUGUUGAUCAAGAAGUCUUGAACAUAUUUAAGAACCUAAUAAGAAAUAGACAAAAAGUCAGCGAAAAAAUUCUCUGUAUAUUUGCCAACAAUCUCUUUUCGUCGGAUAAUGAUAGAUUAAGAGAGGAAUCAUUUUGUUUAUUAGAUACAGCUAAAAAUAAUCAACACAUAUCUGAUAAAAUAUAUGAUAUAUUUGAGUUAGAAAGAAUUUGUAUUUCUAAUGCAUUGUUGUCAUUCGAUGACGAUGAUGAUAUUAUACAGCGUUUAUACGAAAAGGCAAAGGAAGGUAAAACACUGACAACCAGUGGAUGGAUAGUAUUAAGUAGAAUAAUCGAUAGUCAAUCGGAAUUAACAGAAAAUUUAAUAACACUUUUACUGAAUAUUUCAAGUAAUAAACAAGUUAUACCCGAUAUGAUGAUUGAUAGAUUAGUAAAAAACUUCGAUCCCAAACAAACAAAUUGUACAUUGAUUAAAUUAUUUGAAAAUUUAAUUAAAAAUCAUCAAAACGUUUCUAAGGAACUUUUAAUCAAAUUAGAAAAUGCGUUUGAUAAUGAAUCUGUUUCGGAUGACGUAUCAUUAAUUUUUGUUUUGCUAGGUCAAAAAGGUAAAAAUUUAUCAAGUAAUAUAAUUAAAAAAAUUUCAAAUAAAUUUUUGACUAUAAAUAAGUCAUCGAUGAUGCAACAGUAUUUGUCAUUCUUUUGUUUACUCAUAGAAAAGGAAAGCAUUUUUUUCAAAGAAGGUCUACAAACGAUCGAUAGAAGUAUACAAAAAGCUUUAAUCCAUGCUCUUCGAAAAGGUAAUCAGACUGUUAUUCGUAAAAGUGUGGAUAGUUUUAAUAAACUUCUUACAGUUCACAGAAUUCAACUUAUAUCGGAUAGUGUAGAUGCUCUUUUAGAGAAAGUAACAAAUGUCGAUUGUGAUAAAGAUAUAAAACAAGAAAUCAAUCAAAUAUUGAUUCAUUUGGAACUAAAUCAUAUUCAAAAACAUAAGUUGCAGCUCUCUAAUGUAAGUGAUAAUGCAAAUGAAUUCUUAGAUAAAUUGAAUAAAAAAUUUCUCCUUCAAUUAACUGUAGAAGAGUUUCGUCGAAUUGAUACUAUUAUUAAUAAUUGUCCUAAUUUAAUUAAUAGGGCAUUAGAAACUUUACUGAAAUGUUUGAAUAAAAAGGAUAUUGUAGAACAAUUGUUAAGUAGUAUUACUGUUUUAUUGGAAAGUACUAGCAAUUAUAUCACAAAAGAAUUAUGCAUAAAACUAAUAAUCGAAUUAGCUAAAGUAGAAAAAACAAUGCCCAAUCCAUUGAUUUCUUUAAUUGUUGCUCAAGAUAAUAUAAAACUAGCAAAUGAUGCUUUACAAAUCAUUAAAAAAAUUCAACCCAUUCCAAAAGAGUAUCAAGAUCGUAUGAAUUUACUGUUACAGCUUAAUAAUAUAAAUAGUAUUGUUCCGACAAAUCUUGAACAAUUUCUUAAAACUCUUCGAGAAGAGUUAGAAAAAGGUUUAAUAUUAUCGAAUUCACUUGUUGAUAAGCCUUUAUAA